CAGCAGCAGUGUGGCAUGAUCGAUAGCAUGGCCAACCCAACACACCAACCUCGAUUCCACAACAAACCAGUCUCCCAGCUGUGUACACACAAGUCUGCCGGCUACAAAUGUACUGCAGCCGAUUGUAGCUUUUUAAUGCCUACAAUCAAAUCCGCUGCGUAACGGUUUUACUAUUCAAUUCAUGCCUGUAUGAAAUCUUUUGGCUGACGGCGACAUCUAGCAUAGUUUGCCAGCUAUAAUGGUACUAAUGUUGCGUGUGCGGUUUUUGUGGUUAAUGUUGUGUGUACUCGUGAAUCGGCAAAACGUACAGGCUGGUGCCUCAUUGUGGAGUCCGCCGGCGCUGAACAUCAGCGCGGCCUUCGAUGGGCCGUACAGCGGACAGGUGGACAGCCGCAACCCGGUGGCCUACCAUUUCGGCCGGCAGCUCAACGCCUACAACGGCGCGCUGCGGUUGACGAUAGGAAGCGUGGACGCCAGCGACGAAGCGCCGCUGCUCAUCAUCGUCAAACGACUGCGGACUGUGCGCUCCUGGCAGCUGCCGUUGCUCACGGAGAAGAACCAUGCCUACCGCUUCCUCAGUCGCACACUGUGCCCGCCCUACGUGGCGACGGAGAUAAUCCCGCAUGCUGCACACAACGAAUUCUAUGUGGAGAUCUUCACGGUGUCCCCGUCGCCGGUCUCCUACAACCUCACCAUCGCCACCUUCCCCGCCUUCAACGUCAGCCACCUCCCGCACUUCGCGCUGCACGUCAGCCCCUCCGAGCCGCAGUACGUCCACUACCGCAUGCCGGCCGAUCGUAACCGGGUCCUCGUCAAACUCCACACCACCUUCGGCGAGACCAUCUGCAGUUACUUAUCCAUCCAGUCGGUCCGCUGUCCCGUGGGGGACCUGGAGGCCGACCUCCGGCUGGACGGACGCUACCAGACCGUCACCGGGCGGGCGGCCAUCGAGGUCACCCGCAGCGAGUUCCCCAGCGGGGAGUUCUACAUCGUCGUCCUAGUCCACUCCCGGGAUGAUGACUGCGCCGAGUCCCGCGGGCUCCUCAGCCUGCUGCAACGGCGGACGGAAUCCCGGGAGACGGUGUUCCCGACGGCGCGCUACAAGACGGUCAACAUCACCGUCAUGGAGGGUCUCGACGCCGAGGCCAAUAACCUGGCGCUGGUCGCUCCCGUACUGCUCUUCCUGGGGUUCUGUGUCAUCGCGUUGCUGCUGCUGCAAAGCAGUCUGAAGACGUGGAGCGGGAUUCUCGGCGGAGACCUCAACCGGGUGACCUUUCCCGAGGUCCAGCGACGGUCUAAAAUUGCGGCGUUUUUUGCGAAAAGUAUUACCGGCAAACCUAUCCCGUCGAUGUGGGAUGAAAAGAACUACACGGCUUCCGAUGCAAGGUUAUCCCGAUUGGUCCGUACUCCCUCGGACCCCAAACUCCAGCUCCUGGCUGAAGGGGACACCAAGACCGCAAACCUAACCGGCUUUGAUUUUAUCGACGGUGGCGCCACCUCCUCGCCCAUCCUGCACGUCUCCGACAUCAACCGGAAGCCCUGCACCGUGAUCAAGCAGACCUCGCGGGAGUACGGUUUGACGCUGAUCACGGUGUUCAUCUUUUACAGCCUGCCGGUGCUGCAGCUGGUGAUGACGCACCAGGGCCUGCUGGUGGUGACGGGGAACGAGGACAUCUGCUACUACAACUUCUCCUGCGCCAACACCGUCGGCGUCCUCUCCGACUUCAACCACAUCCUCUCCAACGUCGGCUACGUUCUCCUCGGACUCCUCUUCAUCCUCCUGGUGCGCCGCAAGUCCAUUUUCACCUCCAAACUUAGGCAGACGGUACCGCGGCUGGACGAGUACGGCAUCCCGUCCCAGGUGGGCCUGUUCUACGGGAUGGGUAUGGCGCUGACGAUGGAGGGUAUCAUGAGCGCUUGCUACCACGUCUGUCCCAGCUACAAUAACUUCCAGUUUGACACCUCCUUCAUGUACCUCAUCGCGGGAUUGCUGCUAUUGAAAAUGUACCAUGCCCGGCAUCCCGAUGUCCUUCCGCAGUCCUACACAACCUAUCCACUGUUUGCCGGUGUGAUCAUAAUCGCCGUGGUGGGCGUGAUCAGCCGGCACAUCGGCUAUUGGAUCGCCUUCUCCGCUGUACACGGGAUUAUUGCUAUCAUUGUGUUCCUGCAAAUACUGUUUGUUGGCUACCUUGAAUGGUCACUCGUAUGCUUAAAAAACGGGAUGAAGGCCGUGUUGACAGUCAAACAAGGCAAACGCGUGAAGAUCCCGCCCAAGCGCAUUGUCCUGUCCACGCUGAUCUUGCUGACCAACCUGCUGUUUGUCAUCGCGGGACCAAUGCUGCGGCCGUACGAUUUCGCCAGCCACCUUCUGUUCAUCCUGCAGGCCAAUCUCAUAGUCUAUGCGGCGUUCUACGCCGGCAUGAAGAUUCAGGAUCCUCAUGAGCGCAUCAGCCGCGCUGCCUGCCUGUACUUCCUGCUGGGGGUGCCCGCGUGGGGGGCCGGCAUGUACUACUUCACUCGCGGGCUAAGUGAUUGGGAAGUGAGUGCGGCGAAAUCCCGGGAAGGCAACCAGGAGUGCUUCUUCUUCCAGUUCUACGACGCACACGAUGUGUGGCAUAUGUGCUCGGCCACCGGGUUGUUCUUUACCUUCAUGAUGCUGCUGACACUGGACGACGAUCUAGCCACAGCGACGCGUGAUCAAAUUUCUGUGUUCUGAAAUACUGAAUUUUCCAAGACCAUUCGAUGCAGUAACGAUGGUUUUUACAUUAAUAAUUGGCUAUUCCCGUGCUCAAUCAGAUCCUAUCCAAUAAUAAACAAGCAAUAAAUUGAUGAA